CGGGACUAUAACCAACACCGGAUGGGAUGUGGAGUCGCCAGGUGCCGCCGCCGUCACCGCCACUUUCUCUGACGGCCUCUGGAAAUCAGAGCUCUUGACGAGGAGGAGGAGGAGGAGGAGAGGAAGAUUAAUCCCGCUAAACCGGCUCUUCCCCCUCCCUUUUCUUGCACCUUGCAAGCUUCCAGACUGCCGGGAGUAGCCGAGGGAAGCACCGCGGCGUCCUGAAAAAUGGAGAUCAUCGAAACAAGCACGAUUCAGCAGGAGAGGCUCCAGGCUAUAGCGGAAAAGAGAAAGCGCCAAACGGAGAUUGAGAACAAGCGGCGACAAUUAGAAGAUGACAGGCGCCAGUUACAGCACUUAAAGUCAAAGGCUCUAAGGGAGAGAUGGCUGCUGGAGGGAGCUCCUUCCUCCACAACUGAAGAAGGCGAAGCCACAAAGAAGCUGAUGGAGGAGGACACCUUGAAGGCCAAGGAACUGGAAGAGAACAUUCAGAGGUUGGAGAAAGAACUGGAACAACUGGAAAAUGGGAUCUCAGCAUCUUCCACCAAAGAGAACAUGGCUGAGGAAACCAGAGUGGUGGCCAAAGAAGAGAAGCUACCCCACACGCCGAAGACUCCUCUAGGCUCAGCCAAAGCAGACAACAAAAUCUCCAACAGUCCCAUAAAAGUGGUGGAAGGCAAAGGCAGCGGCUUGAUGAAAGCAGCUAUGUACUCUGUAGAGAUCACUGUGGAGAAGGACAAACUCACGGGGGAGACCAAAGUCCUGUCCAGCACCACUAGACUACCCAAAGGGAGCUCAGUUCAGGGAGUCAAAGUGUACGAGGACGAGCUGAAAGUGGUCCACGCAGUCCGUGCUGAAGAUGGGGCUAUUGAGAACGGCCUCCACCAGCUGAGCUCAUCUGAAGUGGAUGAGCUCAUCCAUAAGGCCGAUGAAGUUACCCUGAGUGAAGUCUCUGAGAAGGCUGCCAAAGAGGCCCAAAGCAAUCUCCCAAGCCAGAAGGCCACCCCCCGGAAGGAAAUCACAGGUGUGCAGGCUAAACCAGUGGAGAGUCCAAAGCAACUGGCUUCCGGUGAUGGCCCGGAGCCCAGCAAAGAACAACCCGUCACCAUGAUCUUCAUGGGCUACCAGAACGUGGAAGAUGAAAAUGAGACCAAAAAGGUGCUGGGGCUCGAGGGGGAGCAAAUCAAGGCAGAGCUGGUGGUGAUAGAAGAUGCUGAGAAUAAACCGGCAGGAGAUUACACAGCAGAUCACGCCCCACCUAAUGGCAGCGCGAUGGAGCCCUUGGCUCAGAAGGAGGAGAACCAAACUGAGGCACAGCCAUCAGCCAAUGACACGGACCCCAAAGGAGCAGAUCAGGAUCUUGACAUGAAGAAACAGCGUUGUAAAUGCUGCUCAGUUAUGUAAGAGGCCCUUGCCAAGCCCCACCCUCAACUGUACAGCCAAUCAGGACUGCCUUUUCCCAUCACUCUCACCUGGACACCUUGACUCCGCCUCUCCGGUUAUCUUCUCAAUUCUACAAAGGUCUGAGUUCAAAGUGUUGCUAUUUUUACUUAACAAGAUGUGCUAUUUGCAUCCCCCGUGGAUUUUUUUCCCCCCCUUAUUUUCAAGUGACUGGGGGAAUAUAAGUGCAGUGCUGGUGAAAUUGUGUAAAAUAGCCGACAAUGACACCAAGCUGCCACUCUGAUUUUUCCCUGCCUCCAUUAACAUCUUUAUUCCUGAUUUCAUACAGGAACAGACACAAAACGUAAUGAUAGAAGUGAUUGUUCAGUCCAGGCCCUUUUCUUUCUUAUUUGGACAUUUUAAAUAGUAAUGGUUGAAUAUACCUGGAGACCUGUUGAUUAGAAAUGAAAAACUGAAUGUUUCCCCAUCCUAACAAUUCAGCUGAAUUUCUAUUUUCUGAAAUGUUUGAAAAAGAAAAUUAAUUGAUCAAGGAAGGAGACUUACAAUUCUUGGCUUCCUCUUGAAAUUUCUGAAUCCUUUGAAAUCCAAUUAUCUUUGAUAUCUCCCAAAGUCCUUCACAAUCCUAACUCCCUAAGUCCCUUAAGAAUACUCAUGGUUAAAAUCUUCUAUGGUGGGAGUGUUAAGAUCAGAAAACAAUCAAGCAAAUCAAGUUUUUCACAAGCUUUAAAAAUAGGUCAACCCAUGUCUUGCGCACAACAGAACUUGGUCCUGAUCCAAAGCAUCCAGAUGUUGGAAGCUGGUUUCACCUCCAGAAUAAUUCUACAACAUCUCUACAAGAAUUUAUUGCCCUUCCCAUCCUGUUGGUUGGAGGAGCUUUGACAAGGUGUAAUUGUUGAGCUUCAAACUGAAAAAGCUGGGUUGAUUUUGAUCCUUGUAUGUUUUCUUUUUUUUCCAAAUGCCAUGAUGACUACUUCUCUGGACUAUAAGACUCUAGGACUAUGGUUGAUGUCCGAGUAGAGUUUAUGAUUCAGUGAGCAGUCCCAGCCCAGGAUAAGAAUUAUUGACACUAAAUGUAUAUUUUGUGGCUGCGAGACCAGUCUUCCCCAACCUAGGACUUAUGCAUUGGACCAUUUGGCUACAGAUGAUGAACUAUCAUCUAACACAUGUGAGGGGCCUCUGGGUUGGGAAAAGAUACGAUGGAUUCUAUCAGUGGAGCAGAGAGCUGUCGGACUGUCAGGUGCUCAGCACCAGACAUUCAGGAGUCUCAGAUCCCAACAACCAGUGUGCCUGUAAAUGGCUAGGCGCAGAAGAACAGUCCAAUGAAAGGCCCAGGCUAGACUGGUGGGGGGAUGGAAGGGUCACAAGCUUCACUGAAAGAGACGAAAGAGGCAAAAUGCAUUUAAAACCAACAAUAAGCAAAGAAACAGGAUGGAAUAGAAUUAAGAUGCAAAAAGGAGAAAUUCUCAGUUGUUAGCACAAAGGGGAGAUUAGCAAAGGUGUAGAACAGAUAGGAUUGGUGGUAGCUGGCCCGCAUUGUGGUGCCUGAUAAGCUGCACCAAGGAGAAAGUUCUCAUAUUAACGGGGGGGGGGGGCAUUGUUCUGAAAAUGCCACUUCCUUCUGUCUGCUCCCCCCCACCCUCGCAAAGUCUUUUAAGGAAAAAGCGCCCUUGACACUAUUAGAUAUGUAGUGACAAGUUAUCUUUAUCUGGGCCUUUCCCAUUUUUAUUUACAUCCUUUAAAAGAUUCUUCAGUUCAAGGCUGCUUCACAAACAUUUCUUCUAAAUUGUGGUGGUUGCAAUUUUUGUCUUGGAGAAGAGGUUUAUCAGAUCCAAAAGGUGCUGACGAUCUUGUCCCCUAAAGAAACUAGAGUCUCUGCUCCCAUUCCUGAGAUGUCACAACCUGAAGUGCCAAAGUAAACAGUUCCACCUCAGCUCCUGAGACGAAUUACUAAGGAAGUAUUUAGGUUUCACUGGAGCAACCUUCUCUGAUCUCGCAUUCCCCAGAUCUGUGAGGAGCAUAGCUCCCACAACCCCCGCCUGGCAACUUGGAAUUCUGGGAAUUGUAGUUCUAGUAAGUCUGGAGGGUUCCAGAUUGUGGAAGGCUUAUCCCACACAUUUGAAAUCAGAGGCAACAAGUAUGCAUAUAUAUAAGUAUGCAUAUAUAUUUUCUCCAGGCUAAUCAUCCUUCUGGCCAUGAUUGUACCCAGUUAAUAGGGCAUCUUACUUUCCCCUUUGCUUCGUUGAGAUCCAUGGAUUGGCUUUGCUUUCUAAGCUGCUUCCCCAGGAGACCCAGCUUCAUGCUGGUAAACUGGUCUGGUGCUGGUCUGUGGGGCACCACUGAGCAGCUUCCGUAACUGCGUUUCCUGCUGCUCUGUCCUUCCUGGUUUAUCAGCACAGCUUUCUUUUCCGAAAUAAGAUUCAGGAAUGUGACCCCAACCUCUGGGCUGGGCUGGUCUUAGAAAAUCUGGAGUGGGGCUGCAGGGUGGAAUCAAAGAGCAUCAGUCCCCCCCCAAUUCAACUGAAAGCAAGAUUCCCAUUGAGUCUUUUUAAGCAGGAUUUAUAGAAAGGGUAAAGGAUAAAGUUACAGCAAUCUCAGCAACUAGAUUACUUCCACCUUAGAACCCAAUUUAUCUUUCAGUUUGUUCGGACUGAGGCUUUCUCAAUCGUUUCUUCUGAACUGGUGAGCUGGUUCUUCUCCCAGAUAACUGACAAGUGUGUAGAUCAGUGUUUCUCAACCUUGGCAACUUUAAAAUGUGUGGACUUCAAUUCCCAGAAUUCUCCAGCCAGCAUGCCUGGCUGAGGGAUACUGAGAGUUGAAGUCCACAUGUCUUAAAGUUGCCAAGGUUGAGAAACACUGGUGUAGAUAAUUGUUUUCAGAGCAUCUCCUGAAUCUUUCCCAAGCUCUGAACAAACCAUUACACCAGCUUCCCAAAAUAUUAUAUCUUCCAAAAGGUGUAUCCGGGUCCACAGUAUCUCCUUGAACCCACACAAGUGCUAGGAGCAGGCCUUGACUAGUCUUCCUUAGAUGUGAUGGAGAAGCAGUGAAGAAAUUGUGACAUGGCGGGAGAGACCCCUCUUGGGUGUUUCCAGUGGGGCCAUGCAGGUUCCCACCCCCCCAAAUCACUACAAUCAUACAGAUCAGCUCUAUCCAAGGAUUUUAAGAUUUUGGAGUAAUUUCCCCAUCCUGUCUCCCCAGCAGUGUUGAAGUGUUGAGAUUGUGACAGACAGCCUGGUCAAAUGGUAUCUGGUACUGUAGUUGCAACCUUCGGGUGCCAAGUUGGGGGAGCCACUCUGAGUCCACUCCCUUGCUUUGACCAAAAGAACCUAGAAGAAGAGUUUUCCACAGCAAUAUCAUUCAAGCAUCUUCUUCCCUUUGUAUUCAUACAGGUAGUCCUCACUUAAUGACCAUUUGUUUAGUGACAGUUCGGAUUUAACAACGGUGCUGAAAAAAACAACUCAUGACCAGUCCUCAUAGCAUCCCUGGGCUCAUGUGAUCAUGAUUUGGGCACUUGGCAACCGGUUCACAUUUAUGUCCAUCGCAGCGUCCCGUGGUCACAUGAUUGCCAUUUUCGACCUUCCCGGCCAGCUUCUGACAAGGAAAAUCAACGGGGAACUACACGAUUCUCUUAACAACCACAUGGUUCAAUUAACGACUACGUGGUUCGCUUAAUGGCCGCCAUAAAAAGGUCAUAAUAUUGGGUCGGAUUCACUUAAUGACCCUUUGCUUAUCAACCAAAAUUCUGGUCCCAACUGUGGUCGUUAAGCGAGGACUACCUAUAAAAUGCAUCCGUGCAGCAUUUUAGGGCAGGGAGCAGUCACUGGGUGAGCUGCUUUUGCAUAUUCCUGCUUGGCUUGACAAUCAUUUCUUUGUGAAGGAGCUCAUCCUGUUUCCCUUCUCCUCCCAUGUUCUGCUUUCCUGUAACUAGCAAAGCAGCUGGGGUAUUGGAAGAAGCCAGGCAGAGGUGCCCUGCUACCUCUUUCACCAGGGGUGCUGGGCAAGGAUCAAACCUGAACCUUUGGCCUGCAUGCUGAGCCACGAGCUCUUCCUAAUCCAGAUGAUUUGUUCACUGAGCCCAGGGAUGUCCACUCUGGCUGACAGUAGC